CCAGCGGGAGGACGGCCGCUCACCGCCUCCGCUGCCUCCUGCACCCGCCCCGCGGGAAGUUCCCGGCCGGGAAGUUUGCGGCCGGCGGCGGAGGGAGCCCGAGGGGCUCCUGUGGAGGUGCGAUGCCGCCAAAGGAUCGCGGCAAAGGCAAGCUGCCGGUUCCUCUCCCCAGAGACAUGAUCCUGAAAGACACCGAAGGGAAAGUGUGGCGGCUGGGCAGCCAGAUCGGCCAGGGAGGAUUUGGCUUGAUCUACUUAGCUUCCCCUCAUACUCGUGUUCCUGUAGAAGAUGAUGCAGUGCAUGUAAUUAAAGUGGAAUAUCUUGAAAAUGGCCCCUUAUUUUCUGAACUGAAAUUUUACCAGAGGGCUGCAAAACAAGAGCAGAUAAGAAAAUGGACGAAUCUCAAGAAAAUAAGAUGUUUAGGAAUUCCAGUGUUUUGGGGAUCAGGCUUGGCUGAGUACAAGGGAAAAAGCUAUAGGUUCAUGGUUAUGGAGAGACUGGGGCAAGACCUUCAGCGAAUCUUUGAAGGUUGUGGAAGCAGAUUUAAGAAGGAGACUGUUCUGCAACUUGGGGCACGAAUGUUGGAUACCUUAGAAUAUAUACAUGAAAAUGAGUAUGUUCAUGGUGAUAUUAAAGCAGCAAAUCUACUUUUGGGCUACGCCAAUCCACACGAGGUUUAUCUUGCAGAUUAUGGACUUUCCUACAGAUAUUGUCCCAAUGGGAACCACAAACAGUAUCAGGAAAAUCCUAGGAAGGGCCAUAAUGGGACAAUAGAGUUUACCAGCGUAGAUGCCCACAAGGGAGUAGCCCCAUCCAGACGAGGUGACCUUGAAAUCCUUGGCUACUGCAUGCUGCAAUGGUUGUGUGGGAAGCUGCCCUGGGAACAGAACCUGAAGGACCCUGUGGCUGUCCAGGCUGCCAAAACAAGGCUUAUGGAUGAGCUCCCAGAUUCAGUGAUGGAAUGGGAUUCUUCUGGAAGCAGCUGUCGUGAACUCUCCAAAUUCUUGGCAUGUGUUUGUGGCUUAGCAUAUGAUGAGAAGCCAAAGUAUGAAGUGCUCAAGAAAAUCCUGCUGGAUGGACUGGAGUCAAGCGGAAUUCGCUAUGAUGGCCCUCUGGAAUUUUCCGCUCCAGCGUGCACACGGAAUCACACUGCUCCUAAAGUGUCCAAACAGCAGGUUCGCUUACCAAAGCCUAAGCCAAAACCAGUUCAGCAGAAGCAAAAGAAGAUGGAAGGUGAGGAAUAUGAGGAAUACGUCUGCCAAAACAGAGCUUGUGCUGGGGCAACAAACAAACACCCCCAUGAUGAAGAAAAGCCAAGUAGAUUAAACAGGAGGCUUCACCAAACAAAGCCUCAGCAGGGUCCCUUCCUGAAGCCUUCCCUGGAACCAGUGCCACAGAAGCAAAACAAGGUGAAAGAGGAAGAACCCAACGGGCUGAGCAGGCCCCGUGCUCGGGUGACCCGCCAGCACUUCCAGCCUGAGGAGAGGCCACUCACGAUUUGGGAGCCCAACCGGGCACAGAAGAAAUACCCUGCAAGAGAAUUGCCCCCAUUCACCCCCCAAGCACUAUUCUCAGAGCCCAGAAAGGAACACCAUCGACUCUUAACUGUGCAUCACCCACUGCCAUGGCAAGAAACUGGUUCUGACUUCACUCGUCCUUCGCUUCCUACUGCAUUUAGGCUUGCAUUUACUGACAGAACGUACCAUUACACUACAGCAGUACUUGUACUCCUGCUGCUGAUAGUACUUUCCUUGUAUUUUCUUUGAUGGCACCAUCUCGGGGGCUUCAGUGCACGUGUGGUGGUGCUCCCAUCACACAGUUUCUUCUCAGAGUUUCUUCGUUGAAGAUUUCAACGUCAGUGGCUUGAAAAAGAUGUUUAAGUAACGCUGUCAAUACAGAUCCUUCCCAGGCAAGUCCCGCACUCCGUAGUUACACAUGCACUAAACCAUGUGUACAAGGCUCGUCUCUGUCACAAGCGGUGGGAUUUCUUUUUGCUUUAUUUGUGAAACUGGACCUUUGCUACAGCAAUAUUAGAAAUGUAUCGUGAAAUACAACAGGGUGUGAGACUGAAUUACUGACACCGCUGUGUUGGUAACUUGUGCUGUUUCAGCAAACCUUUGGGUAAAUCCCAGUGCGUUAAAUGUGUGGGAAUUUA